AUGAAAAAAUUUGAUGUCAUAUACCUUAUUUUAUGUCAUUUAUUUAUUUUAGAUGAUACUCAUGGUGGUCAACAUAAUAAAGGGCAACAAAAUCCACCAGAUUCAGAACCCAAUAAUCAAGGGCAACAAAAUCCAACAGAUUCAGAACCCAUUCCUCCACAGUCUCCACCACCGAAAUUUCCGUCGCCGGAACACUCUUCGACAUCUUUAAUACCAUUGCUUCCGCCGCCUCCACCCCCUUUUACGUGCAACUUUGGAGGUUUCGACACUAAUAUAGAUUCAAUUCCUGAAAACCCAUUCCUACCGACCGCACCUAAAAUUGCAUUAAGUCUCUCAAAUAGAAUGUUUACCUACGAGGAACUAGCAACGGCAACAAAUGGCUUCUCCGAUGCCAACCUUAUAGGACAAGGUGGUUUCGGGUACGUUUAUCGAGGAAUAUUCGUCGACGGGAAAGAAGUGGCGGUGAAGCAACUGAAGGUCGAAAGCAGGCAGGGGGAGAGAGAAUUUAAAGCGGAAGUUGAGAUCAUUAGCCGCCUUCAUCAUAAACAUCUUGUCUCGUUGGUUGGAUAUUGUAUAUCCGAGACAACGAGGAUGCUUGUUUAUGAGUUUGUUCCAAACAACACUUUGGAGUUUCACUUGCAUGGAGAUGGACGACCUAUCAUGGACUGGUCAACUCGAAUGAAAAUUGCUUUAGGAUCUGCAAAAGGACUAGCAUAUCUUCAUGAAGAUUGUCAUCCAAAGAUCAUUCAUCGUGAUAUUAAAGCAGCUAAUAUUCUUUUGGAUUUCAAUUUCGAAGCUAAGGUUGCUGAUUUUGGACUAGCUAAGUUUUCAUAUGAUGUUAACACUCAUGUCUCUACCAGAGUGAUGGGUACUUUUGGGUAUUUGGCUCCUGAGUAUGCUUCAAGCGGAAAACUCAUGGAUAAAUCAGAUGUUUUCUCGUUCGGAGUUAUGAUUUUGGAAUUAAUUACCGGACACAAACCGGUUGGCUCUUCUUACAAAGAAGACAGUUUAGCUGAUUGGGCAAGACCUUUGCUCACAAAAGCUUUAGAUGAUGGGAGCUUCGACUGUUUGGCUGAUCCGAAAUUAGGAAGGGAAUAUGACCACAACGAGAUGGUUCGUAUGGUUGCUUGUGCUGCUGCUUGUGUUCAACUUUCAGCUCGAGAUCGACCACGAAUGAGCCAGAUAAUCCGAGCUUUAGAAGGUGAUGUAUCGAUGUCCGAUCUUAACGACAGUGCAAGUCCCGAACAUAGCAAUAUCCACAGCUCUCAUGAAAACUCAGACAUCCAUACAAGCCAGCACAACGAAAACACAGAAGAGUCCAAGAGAAUGGUGUUGGACUCUCAAGGAUACGGUGCUAGUGUCGAGUACAGUGAACCAAGCACUGAAUACGGUUCUAACCCUUUCAUCUCUAUCAAUGAAAGUUGCUCGAAUCAACCAGGAAACGAAACCCUUUCUAGCUCCAGCAAUGAGAGAUCAGACCAGCCAGGAAACAGAAGCGGUAAGGAUGAAGAAGAACAGCUGAAGGUGUAGCUCAAAUUUCAAUCUCUUUUAUAAUGCCUCAUUUUUUUUUGUAAAGUUCCCAUUGGCAUGCUUUUGAAUAAGACAACACAAAUUUUCAUUUAA